AUGAAAAGAAAUUUCAAGAAUUUGGAUUUUGUUCCAACAAUUAGUGAUAGUGAAGAUGAUAUUCCUGAUUUAGAUGAUAAUUCAGAUGUUGAAAGCCAAAUAGAAGUUAAAUCCAAAAAGAGUAUACAAAAGAAGAAUAAAAAGAAUAUUAAGAAAAAGCAAGAAAAAGCUGACAGCAAUAAUGAUAAUGCUAAUGAAGAUGUUCAUGACGAUUUAAAUGAAAAUUUCCAAUUUAACUUAGAUAAUGACGACGAGUUCGCCAAAAAUGCAAAUUUACAAAGUUGGGAUUUUAUGUCUAACGGAGAUAAUAAUGGUGACGAACCAAUUAGAAAAGAUGUUGAUCUUGAAAAAAUUAUCAGAAGGAAAGGUGGGUUGAUCAAAUUAGCUAGAGUCGAAGGUGAUGAUGAAGAUGAUGAGGAGGAAGAAGGAGAAGAAAUUAAAGAUGUUGACGAGAAUAGCGAAAAACAACCAGAAUACGAUGAAGAUGAAGGUGAGGAUGAGCUAGCCAUGGAUGGAUUCGGGAUGGGUGCCAAAAAAAUCAAAGAAGAUCAAUAUGACGAAGAAGAUGAAGAUGAAGAUGACAAUGACGACGAUCAAGAAGAACGAGAAUCAUCUGAUGAAGAUAACUCCAUACAUAAUGAUGAGGAAGAGAAGGAGGAAGGAGAAGACGAGGAUACCGCUGAAGAAGUGGCCAAAUUUUAUGCACCAGAAGCUGAAGGUGAUGAUGCCAAGAAACAAACGCAUACAUCUUUCAAUACCUUGUCAUUAUCUCGUCCCGUAUUGAAAGGUUUGGCAAAUCUAGGUUAUAAUAAGCCAUCUCCUAUUCAAAGUGCAACAAUUCCUAUAGCUUUGCUUGGUAAAGAUAUCAUUGCUGGCGCCGUUACUGGUUCAGGUAAAACAGCUGCUUUCAUGAUCCCAAUUAUCGAACGUCUAUUAUUUAAACCUGCCAAAGUUUCAUCUACUAGAGUCAUCGUUUUGACACCAACUCGUGAAUUGGCCAUUCAAAUUGCUGAUGUCGCCAAGAAAAUUGGUAAAUUUGUGAAUGGAUUAACUUUCGGUCUAGCUGUUGGUGGGUUGAAUUUGAGGCAGCAAGAACAGAUUUUGAAACAAAGACCUGAUAUAGUUAUCGCUACUCCUGGUAGAUUUAUUGACCAUGUUAGAAAUUCUGCCAGUUUCAACGUCGACUCAGUUGAAAUUUUAGUCAUGGAUGAAGCUGAUAGAAUGUUAGAAGAAGGUUUCCAAGAAGAACUGAAUGAAAUUAUGCAAUUAUUGCCUACUAAAAGACAAACUAUGUUGUUUUCUGCCACAAUGAAUUCAAAGAUUAAACAAUUGAUUAACUUGUCAUUGAAAAAACCAGUGAGAAUCAUGAUCAAUCCUCCAAAACAGGCUGCAUCUAAAUUGACUCAAGAAUUUGUCCGUAUCCGUACCAGAGAUCAUUUGAAACCUGCAUUAUUAUUUAAUUUGAUAAAAAAACUGGAUGAAUACAGUCAGAAGAGAAUGGUAGUUUUCGUUGCAAGAAAGGAAACAGCCCAUAAGUUGAGAAUUAUCCUAGGUUUGUUAGGGAUGAAUGUCGCGGAGUUACAUGGUUCUCUAACACAAGAGCAACGUCUCGAGUCUGUUACAAAAUUCAAAAGUUUAGAAAUUCCCGUUUUGAUUUGUACAGAUUUAGCAUCAAGAGGUUUAGAUAUUCCAAAAAUUGAAGUUGUCAUUAAUUAUGAUAUGCCAAAAAGUUACGAUAUAUAUUUACAUAGAGUUGGUCGUACUGCUAGAGCUGGAAGAGAAGGUAGAUCAGUUUCGUUAGUCGGUGAAUCAUCAAAUGAAAGAAGUAUUGUCAGAGAUGCCAUUAAAAGUGUAGAAGACGUUUCCAAAAUAAAAAAUGACGGUAGUAGGGCACUUGGUAGACAAGUAAACUGGAACCAAGUUGAAGAAAUAAAUAAAUUGGUAGAAAACAUGGCAGGUACUGUCGAAGAUGUCUUAGAAGAAGAAAAGCAAGAAAAAGAAAUUCUAAGGGCUGAAAUGCAAAUUCGAAAAGGUGAAAAUUUACUGAAACAUAGAGCAGAAAUUCAAGCCAGACCUAGAAGAACGUGGUUCCAGUCGGAAACUGAAAAGAAAAAUGCCAAGAUAUUUGGUGUUCUAGCUAAAAACAAGAAAGAAGUCAACAGUAAAAAGAGGAAAAGACAAGAAGCUAUGGAAGACGCGCCAAGUAAUCGUAUGUAUAAGAAAACGCAGAAAGAUCGUGUCGAUGAUCAAGAAAGAACUUUCAGAAAACAGAAAAAAAGUGAUGGGAAAAAGAAGUUUAAGAAAGGGAAAAAAUAA